AUGGCGCCAAUCAUCUUGCACAGAGGCAAUACUGAGUUUAUUUUCGGCUCCCUGGAGGCGGACUGUGAUCACGAUUAUGUGGAAUACUUUCACAAGGUCCCCAACACAACUUUUCUACACACCUUUCGAGUGACAAAAUUAAUUUCGUCUUUCAAUAUCGACGUCGUAGUGAAAGUGGUAAAAACCCAGAGGGUUUUUUACAAGUCGGAAAACAUCAGGGGCUGUGACCUACUGAAAAACCCUUUGCUGUUCAAAAACUUUGGCAAAUCCUACAAGCACUUGGUGGUGAAUGGCAGUUUCUUCAAGUGUCCCAUUGAGCCAAAGGUUUACUAUCUGAAGAACGAGCCCUCGAUGUCGACAUUUCCCACUGUCCACCCUACUGGACACUUUCAGCUGACCAUGCGAUUGAAAAUCCCAAAUAGCCCGCAUCCCUUCGCUAUGAAAACAUUGUGGAUAUAUAAUAUUGUGCGCAUCAAAUAA